UAUUAGAUUUCACAUCGUAAAUAAGUGGCCAUUUCCGUCGUAUCUAGUUUUUUCUCUGUUGAAAAGCGAUGGCCACUAACAUACCGGAUGUUCCGCCGUCGCUGCGAGCCAUUGCGCACUACCUGAAAACGGCACAGGAACACGAUACUCGGGAUGCGAUCAUCAGCUACUGGUGCCGUCUGUACGCGCUGCAGUUGGGGCUGAAAAUCAACAGCCAGGGCACCGAAGAGCGUAAGUUUUUAGUGUCCGUAAUGGAUUGGUUGGAGAAAAUGAAAAAAUCCCAUGCGGAUAACGAAUCCAUUACCAAUGAGGUGGCAGCGCAGGCUUAUUUGGAAAAUUACGCUCUGAAAUUGUUUCUCUAUGCUGAUAAGCAGGAUCGGGCAGCUAAUUUUGGGAAAAAUGUAGUGAAGGCGUUUUAUACAGCCGGAAUGAUUUAUGAUGUUCUGCAAACGUUCGGUGAAUUAACGGAAGAAGUUACUCAGAAUCGAAAGUAUGCCAAAUGGAAGGCGUCCUACAUUCAUAAUUGUUUGAAGAACGGCGAGACGCCAGUUCCCGGUCCAAUGAAAACAGACGAAGAUGACGAAAUGGAGAACGAAUUCCAGAAUUUAGGGCCUACUGGCACGGGUGAAUCGAACGAAGAACCCGCAGCCGGACCGAGCAAUGCACCACCACAGGCACCGUAUCCCUCAAUGGGAUUUCAAAGUUUCCCGCAACCAGGAGGAGGACAUCCUCCUUAUCAAACGCCAGUUGGUCCACCAUCGGCGCCUACCGGUUUCACCACUAAUGACCCUUUCAGUAACGUAAAACCACCGACGCCUCCGAGUGAACCGGAGAAACCUCCGGGUGGAUUUCAACCGUAUACUGGUCCGCAAGUAGGCACCGGCGAUGUAAGCACACAGCUUGGCUCGUCCGGUGCUAAACUGACGUCAGAUCAACUGAACAAGGCGCAAAAAUAUUGCAAGUGGGCCGGCAGUGCGCUGAACUAUGAAGAUGUCAAAACGGCCAUCGAUAAUCUUCAGAAGGCACUUCGCCUUUUGCAAACCGGACAGGAUGGCUGAGCAAAUUGGCUGAAUAGUAAAAGCUCUAGUGCGGUAUUCAGUUUUGCCCUGCCGUUCGGUGCGGUUUUGAAAUGUACAUGCUUUUAAAUGCCUUGGCCAGCACGAACCCUUGUUGAUUAUAUGUAAUUGAAACAGAUAUAUGUCCUCGAUUAUAAGUGCUUUGCGAUUAACAAUAAAAAUAUACUAUACUCA